ACUUAGUCGACAUACUCAGAAUGGCGACAUUAGACGACCUGAGGAACGUGAUUCGGUCAUGUCCUGUCAUUGACAAUCACGCCCACAAUCUACUUCUACCAUCCAAGCAAGAAGCUUACGACCUGCUAAGCGCAACUACAGAAGCACAUGGAGAUGCUCUUUCAGACACGCAUACAUCGCUAUCGCACAUCCGCGCCGUCCGUCAACUCCGCGAGCUCUACGACCUCCGGAACGAUGCAAACUGGGAUGACUUGAUGCAGAAAAGAGCAGAUAUUCUGCAAGGAAACUUCGAAAGCUUUCUACAAAGAUGCUUCGUGGGUAUACACACUAUCCUCAUGGACGAUGGCCUCGACGACACUACUGUCUAUCUCUACGACUGGCAUGACGACUUCAUCCUUGACAAGACGCUGCGCGUUGUUCGCAUCGAAACAGUCGCUGCAGACAUCCUUCGCGAGAUGUACAAAAAGGGCAGCCUGCCUAUCGGUCCUGCAGUGCUCAACGACGACAUGUGUGCUCAGGCAUGGGUCACCUUCCUCCAAGCUUUCGAGUCUACCAUUGUAACCGAGAUUAACAAUCCCGAUGUUGCUGGCUUCAAGUCUGUCAUCUGCUAUCGAACCGGUCUCGGUGUCAAGAUCGCUGGUGACGUUCAGGUAGCCGCCAAUAGUCUCGAGGCUUUUCAGGCCGACUAUCUGCCCAACUGCUCGCAAAACGACUUCCGCAUUGAAUCCAAAGGCUUGAAUGAUAGUCUCGUCAUCUCGACUUGCCGUCUCUUGACUGCAGCGGCCAAGCAAGACUCGAUAAGCAAGCCACUCCAGUUUCACACUGGCUUAGGCGAUGCCGACAUUGACUUGCUUCUUGCAGACCCCUCAAAUCUCCAGCCUCUUAUCUCUGCUUUUCCUCAUGUUCAGAUGAUCCUUCUCCACACUUCAUAUCCCUACAUGCGUCAAGCCGGCUAUCUUGCGACCGUCUAUAAGAACGUAUAUCUCGAUCUUGGUGAAGUUUUCCCGCAGGUCAGCAGAAACGGUCAAGAAACUAUCUUGCGUCAAUGCAUGGAAGUCACUCCCAUUUCAAAGCUGCUCUUCAGCACCGAUGCCCAUCAUUUCGGUGAAGUCUACUGGCUUGCAUUGAAACAGUUCAGACAAGCCUUCGAAAGGAUUCUCGUAGAGUAUGUGCGUGAGGAUGACCUCACGGUUGAGCAAGCCAUCGAUGCGGCCAAGGACAUCUACUUCAAUAACGCAAAUCGAGUGUAUAACCUUCGGGCAGAACUUCCAGAUAUGGCAACGAGCGAGCUGCCACGACGAACCAGAGCACAGAGUAACCGCGAGGCCAGGAUUAUGCAAGUUCCCCAGCCUCUCCAGCUCCCUUGGAACGAGCCGCAGCCACCUGACAACCCUUACGACCAAGAGGUUUUCACGAUCUUCUCUGAGUCUGUUCCCAAUCUCAAAUUCGUCUACGUGCAAUGGCUCGACUACCUAGCCACAAUUCGUGUCCGUAUACUGCCCAUUGCCGAGUUCAGGCGCCUUGUCACCGAAGGCGAGCGCAUCAGUAUCGCACGAGGUAACACAGGCACCCUACAGAAUGAUCAUGUUACUUCGGCGGUCAGAUCUGUGGGUCAGCUGUACGUUGAGCCUGAUGUUCUGUCGAUGAGACGCACACACUCGAGAGAUCCACUUGCUUCUGCAACUGUGAUGGCGUCUUUUUGCGAUGAAGAUGGUCGCCGUUCAGUCCACUGUCCACGAAACAAUCUGCGAACCUUGACGGACAGAAUCCUAGACAACCAUGGAAUAACCUUGGAGGUUGGUUUCGAAAUUGAAGUAGUGUUUCUGAAAAAAGACUCCGAUGGUCAAUAUACUGCAUGGACAACAAAUCACGCAUGGGGUACCUUCAGCCCUGAACAAUUCGAGACCGCAUUGCCAGUCCUUGCUGAGAUCGCCGAUGCACUGGCAAGCAUUGGCAUUUCCAUACAGCAAUUCCAUUCAGAAUCCGGACCUGGACAAUACGAAUUCGUGCUACCACCCAUGCACAUCGUGGAAGCGGUUGAUACGCUCCUCCAAGCCCGCCAAGUCGUUCAGCAAAUCGCUCAUCUCCACAAACUGCGUGCUACUCUGCAUCCUGUUCCCCUCAACGGUGUGGGCUCGGGUCAGCAUGUACACAUAUCGCUGAACUCAUCCACUCUAUCUGUGGAAGAUUUGGCGAGGAAAGAAUCUUCAUUCUUUGCUGGUGUACUCGAGCAAUUGCCCGCUUUAUGUGCAUUCCUGUUACCUAAUGAUGCGAGUUAUGCUCGCGUUGUCGAGAACAUGUGGACGAGUGGUGUCUGGGUGGCUUGGGGAACACAAAAUCGAGAAGUACCGCUGCGUAAAGUUAAGCCAGGACGCUGGGAAGUACGCUGUCUCGAUGGCUUUGCAAACCCGUAUCUCGCUCUAUCCGCCCUGCUAGCUGCUGGUCUCUCCGGUAUAGAAGCAGACAAGCAGAUGAUGCUGAAAGAUUGCACUGUCAACCCCGCUAGUCUUACGAAAGCUCAACGAGAAGAACUCGGCAUCACAACCAGAAUGCCCGGAACACUUGAGGAAGCACUGGAAGAACUCGAUACUAACGAGGUAUUGAAACGAAUCAUGAACCAUGGAUUGACUGACGACUACGUCAUUAUGAAAAAGGCCGAGAAGGAAAUGCUUGACGAAAUGGAUGAUAACAAGCGAUACACAUGGUUGAUUGAAAAGUAUUGAUGAUUGAUAAUUAUAAAUGACUAAUGGCUUCAUUUCUGCUGUUUUAUAUUGCUGCUUUGCUGCAUGAUAGGAACGACACAUGAGCUUAAGAGGCGCCUGAAUUCUUGC